AUUUUGAACUAAUGCCAGUUCAGGCCUGGAUUUAGUAAACCCACUUGGGUUGCUGGGCGCCCUAUCUGUCACUCUCUACUCAACCAAUAUGUGGAUCCCCGGAUCGCUGCACAGGCGACUGACCCAGUUCAUAUUAAAGCGCAGUAUCGGAAAGAUACUGAACGAUGAGCUGGAAAUGGACCAGGUCGACCUGGGUGUGAUUGAUGGCUAUCUGACGUUGAAGAACCUGCAUCUGAACACCACAGUUAUAAACGCUGCUUUGCAAGACAUUCCUUUUGAGCUGAAGGAAGGGUCUGUAGGACGGGUGAGCAUCAAGGUGCCAUGGCGUGAUCUCCUCACGCAGAGCUGUGUCAUUGAGAUGGCCGAGGUCACUCUGGUGUUCAUACCGAGUCGAGGGACGGGUGACGGUGCCGGGCCUGACAAAUCCACGGCCGCCCCGAAUAACAAGAGUUCGGUACCUUUCGGCAGUGACGACGAAGCCAACUCCGCGCACAAGCGCGACACCCUCGACGGCAUUGCGAUGGUGGCUGGGGUAGUGGAGAAUAUACUCUCCAGGAUCAAGGGCAGGCUGCUUGACGUCACCGUGUAUAUCCAGUCAUCGGCCGUGCACACACCUAGCGACCCGCGGCUAUGUCUCAAAAUUAAAAAAGUUCGGUACGAAGACCUGUCGAUGGGAAUUGGGCUCAAGGAGGUGCAAACACGGGACUUACGCAUCGAACGGGUGGAGUUUGGGCUGGACUAUCAAGAUAACCUGAUCCCCAUUGCACUGGCGUGUGUGGGCCCUGAUGACUGCUGGUUGCGCAUUGUGCAAGAUACCGUCGAUGCGUCGGCUCCUUUGGCGUCUGCGGCCGAGCCUCGGCCACAGCUUCAGCCACACUCUCGAUACGAGUGCGUGAUAACUGCUGUCCACGUGGUAGUGGGUCCUGAUGUGAUAUCGCCGAUGCUCCAAUUCCUGGAUAAUUGUCUUACUGUGGGUGAGGCACUGUCCCAUGGUCGUACCUCUACCGGUAACCAAACACGCACGCUUAUUGAUAGCAAUUUGGUGGAAAGUUGGCAUGACCCUGGUGGAGAUGUUCGGAACUCUGAGGCAUCGGGGAGACUGCGGAAUAAUAUGCUUACGGAUUUGAACAAGAGCCUGACCGCGGAAGACUAUAAACAGAUGGAGGAUAUGUAUCGGUCCUUUUCUGAAAGUGAGGUGACCCACAAGCGCGAACUAGCACACCAGAGUAUUAUGGCGUUGCGCCAGUCUGAGUUUAAUGCGCUCUUCUCACGUGACGGUACUGACACGGAUGAGUUCGAGGAGUACGAUGAGGGGGCAAGCGACUUGGGUCAGAGUGUCGGAGAAAAGUUUUAUGAUUUGGAGGACUCGACACAUCAGCCAAGGCAUAGCCCGCCUGCUACAGUAGAGCCUAUGAGGGCCCAACUGCAUAUCAGCCACGUGUCAGUCAGUGUGCUGUAUGACUACAUACCACCGGAAAAACUAUCAGACGCCACAGAUCGGAUCAAG